AUGGCCAAGUUCGCUGUGAUCACCUAUUCCACGUACGGACACGUGACCGCUCUUGCGCAGGAGAUUGCCAAGGGUGUCGAGUCCGAGGGGGCUAAAGCACACGUUUUCAGAGUCCCAGAGACUUUGCCGCAAGAAGUGCUCGAGAAACUCCAUGCUCCAGAGAAACCAGCCGAUAUCCCAGUGAUUAAGCCUGAGGAUCUCGUGGAAUACGAUGGCUACAUUUUCGGUUUCCCAACCAGAUUCGGAAACAUUCCUGCACAGAUUUCGGCCUUUUUCGACUCCACAGGUGGACUUUGGGCUACUGGUGGUUUGUACCAGAAACCCGUGUCUUUCUUCGUGUCGACCGGCUCUGGUGGAGGUAAGGAGACCACUGUGAGAAGCACGCUCAGUUUUGUUGCUCACCACGGUUUAAUCUACAUCCCAUUGGGCUACGGCAAAGUGUUUGACAAACUUACCAAUGUCUCUGCUGUCCAUGGUAGCUCGCCUUGGGGAGUUGGCACAAUUGCUGGCUCUGAUGGAUCUAGAAGUCCCACCGAGUCCGAAUUGAAAACGGCUUACAUUCAGGGAUCUGAGUUUGCCAAGGUUGCAUCCAAGUUGGCUGCUCCUGCUACUGCCAAGUCCGAACCAGUUGCAGAGCAACCUGCUGCUGAGACCACCCAAGAAGCUUCUGACGUCAAGAAAACCGCAGAAACAGAAGUCAAGAACGCUCCACCUCCAGCCAAAACCGAAAAGUCUGGCUGUUGUGUAAUUGUUUAA